AUGGCAGACGAGGACGUUGGACUCAAUUUGGCGUGGGCACAAACAGUUGGAACCUUUGUUGGUCUUCUUGCCAUCGUCUUUGCGGUUGCCGCCGUCCUAACCGAGCGAGUCCGUCGUGUCCAAGCCAGCGACGAGCGCCGAUUCACGUCCGAAGAGUCGAUUUUGGGCUGUUUCCGUGCCCAAGGCGUUUCGCGAUGGAGUUCCCUCUGGGGCGACACAACGGAGACGCUAAGGCUACCAACGGUUGCGGGCCUGAUCGAAGCCGGCGAUAGAGGCUCUUGGACGAGCAGUGCGCUGGACCUCAUGACUGAGAAUCACCCAAAAGAAACAUGGGUCAAACUGUACGAGUCUGUCAUGACCUCUGUCGUGUCCAAUGCUAGACUUUUGGGAAGGGACUGGAAACUCGAAGAGGAGCCGGUUCCAUCAUUCCUUAGUCGCAUCGAAGGAGGUCACCACCAGGAGCAACACGUGGCGAGUUUGUGGAAGGUCAGUCAGGACUUGCACCAGUCUCGCAAACUACUGGGUCUACAUCGGGGGCUGGAGCGACCUUUCGGCGUGAAAGAGGAACCCACCACCACCGCCGAACCACCGAGCAGUGAGAAAACGGGACUUUCCCGGCUGACGCCAACAUUCAUCAUCCGCGACAAGGCUUGCAUAGGUGUAACGCGAGAGGAGCUCGCAGCUCUGAUCAUCAUCAUGGGUGUCGCCAUCCCCAAACUUGAGACGUUCGCCUACGUUUGGGGAGUUGGUGGUUUCGGAUUGUCUGUCGACAUCAGCCAUACCGAUGCUGCCUGGUGCAUCAGCAUUUUUCAGGGGUUACGGCUUGUACGCCAUGCACCAUCAAUGGGAAGCGGCUACACCACCCUGAUGGCCAAACACCUCGCAUGCGGGAGUGUUCCCUUCGCAAAGAAUCGAUCUUGGAUCCUUUCGGUAUACUUGACGGAUCAGGUGCUGGAUGCGCUGAAGUCUGGCAGCUGCGUCAUCGACAAACGGGCAUUUGGCGGGGACUCACUGGAGUUCCUCCGGCGUCUCCCUGGGGACAAGCUUGUUGAUGCUUUCUACGGGACUGAGGAUGUUGCAGCUUUCGGGACCAAGUUCGAGCCUGGUUCCAUCCUGCAUUCAACAGGUGAAUUGGCAGGAAGGUGGUCUCGUGCCAUCACAGAAAUCGCUUUCGGUGGGCUGGUGCCACAGGCGAGCCCCAAUGUCGUGUCAGCUGUGAACAGCUUGGGCUUUUACGGUUCCAUUGGUUGA